AUUAUUUUGAAAUAAUGGUAGGCUGUGUAGAGGCUCUUUUUGUUAGUUCGGAAUAACACUGCUGUGUAGACAUGCUCUAAGGAAGCAGCCAGAAACCUGCACGGUGCAUCUGUUGCUUACCUCUAUCGCUACCCAAAUCUAAACAUGUGGUAGGUGCAUCACUUCUUUAUACCCAGCUAUGGCACCAGGUUAUUCCUCUGAAUUGAUUUAUCUCCAUUUGCAGACACAUGACGAAAUAAAUUCUUUAUCUUGUAUGUGUUGUGGUCAGGAUUUGAGGGUAAAAAAAGAAAAGAUUCACUGUAUGAAGUGUAGGAUCUCUAUGGGCCAUUGAAUCAAUCUCUCUCUCUCUCUCUCUCUCUCUUUGGUAAUUUUCUUCGGUGAGUGUUAGUAUUACAGUUAUAAUGUGGUGGGAACCAAACUACACAAUCUCUUCUGGGCCCCCCGAGAGGUAGGCACUGUGAAAACACACAGAUCUGUCUCAUCCACAAGAUUACAUUUGGACUGGGGGUGCUACCCCUGGUAAAGUUGUCCCAGUGUGACUCUAUGGGGAGCAAAAAAGAGGUGUUUUGUUUUGUUAAAAUACACAUGUUCAGUUUUCCUUCUCCGGGCAUUGUUGCAAUUCUAUGGGUUUUGCAAGGCCUGACUACAGAACCCAGAUCACAAGGGGUAUGUAUGGGGGAAGGAGGGGAAAUAAAUCCUAAAACCAGAGGCUCCUGUGGUUUGUAAGCUUCUGAGCCAUUUGCUUCUGGAAUGCUGUCAUUAUUAGCUUCAGUGGAUGAUUUGUCCUGGUUGAUUUGUCCUGUAGAGAUUCUACUAACUUGAUCCUCCGGGGAUGUGUUUGUUUCCAGAGAGGAUUUGCUGAGGUCCUGAUCCAAAAUGCACAGAACCACCAGGAUCAAGAUCACGGAGCUGAAUCCCCACUUGAUGUGUGCGUUGUGUGGCGGCUACUUCAUAGAUGCAACCACCAUUGUGGAAUGUUUACACUCUUUCUGUAAAACCUGCAUCGUCCGCUACCUGGAGACCAACAAAUACUGUCCUAUGUGUGAUGUCCAGGUGCAUAAAACAAGGCCCCUCCUCAGCAUCCGGUCGGACAAAACCCUACAAGACAUAGUGUACAAACUGGUGCCGGGGCUUUUCAAAGAUGAAAUGAAGAGGCGGCGGGAAUUCUAUGCAGCCUAUCCCAUGGCAGAUGUUCCCAAUGGCUCCAAUGAGGACCGCGGGGAAGUGUCUGAGCAGGAGAAAGGGAACCUGACGGACGAUGAAAUUGUCAGCUUAUCCAUCGAGUUUUACGAAGGGAUGAGAGAUGAAAAGAAAGGCACGGUGGAAAACGGGGACGCGGAGAAGGAAAAGAACAGCGUUCGGUUCCUCCAGUGUCCCGCUGCCAUGACCAUCAUGCACCUGGCUAAAUUUCUCCGCAACAAGAUGGAUGUUCCCAGCAAGUACAAAGUGGAAGUUCUCUACGAAGAUGAACCUUUAAAGGAAUAUUACACGCUCAUGGACAUCGCUUAUAUCUAUCCUUGGAGAAGGAACGGGCCUCUCCCUUUGAAAUACCGAGUCCAGCCAGCUUGCAAGAGACUAAAACUCUCCCAGCCUGCAAACUCGGAGUGUACCAACACCAGCGGAGCGUCCGAGUGUGAAUCCGUCAGCGAUAAAGCCAACAGCCCCGCCACCUUGCCUGCCACCUCCUCCUCCCUGCCAAGCCCUGCCACACCUUCCCACGGGUCACCCAGCUCCAAUACCACCACGAUAAGCCUCCCGACCAACGCUAGCACCCUACUCAACGGCACCUCGAACUGCCACCAAAUGCCACCCUCCUCCAGCAGGGGGCGCAAAAUGACUGUCAACGGCAGCACAGCCUCCGCCUUGACCUAAGAGGGACUCCAUGGGCAAGACUUUUCCAUUUUAUAUAUAAAUAUAUAUUGUGUAUAUAGAAAAAAUAAUAUUAUACAUACUUAUUUUCUAUUGAUUGACCAGAUUAAUUUAAAAUGCAAAUAACAGACACACAAAUGUGGGUGAGUAUUUUUUAAAUGAUUUUUUAAAUUUGUUUUGGUCUUCAACUUUAACUUAUGGAACUUUUGCAUGCCUGUGAGUCCAGGUUUAAGUAAAAGCUGCUGCCUCUUCAUGUUCCACACGGCCGGUCCCUCCAGGCGCUAGAGACACUCAGUAGAAGUGGAUGCACAGGUAACGGGCAAAGCACAUGAACCAAAAAGCCUCAGUCCUUUGUGUAAAUGCGUUGGUGGUUCGGUCACUUCCUUCCAAAAGAAACGCCUGGACAAGACUCAUCCUUAAGAGUCACGUCGGCCUCCCCCUACCUCUGGUUUAGGGAUGAAGAACCUAAAAGCAGGUGUUGACUGUUUUGUGUAGGCGAGGGGAGGGUCUUACAGCGUGGUAAUUCCUGCAGUUCUUUCAGUCUCCAAACUUUCAUGGAAUUUGAGUCAGAGUCUUGCCUGGAGUCAGGGCCCUUGGCUAACAUUUUUAAAAGUGCCUAAAUGAUUUAGAAGCCGCAGUGCCGCUGAAAGUUGAUGCAACUUUUGUGAUUUAGGAGUCUAAAUCACUGUGGUGCUUUUGAAAACGUUACCCAGAGGCUGUUAUUUCCAGCACAGCCUAAGGGAUUUAGGCAUGUUUUCUAUUGAGUUAAAGGGAAGAGCUUGGUCUGUUUUCCCCCUCCUACUCAGAGUGCAUACAACCCUAAUUGAAGCCUGCACGAGCUGCAGAUGUCGGGCACCUCUGAAAAUCAGUUCCCACGAGUCCGAUUUUUUGGAAAGAACUCAGGGCCAGUUUCUGAGAACAUGCUGAAGAGGAGUAGUUGUGGGUGUGGGGUUUUUUGUUGUCCUUUUUUUGGUUGGUUGGUUGGUUGUUUUUUGCAAAUUCUGCCGCAAUGUGUCCCCUGGACUGCUUUCCAUUUCUCAACUAGAGGGAUCCUUUCCCUUUCCCCAUAUGGCAGAAAGGCAGCUUUGCCCACAGCCUGGUUGCCAGGUCUGAGCCAAUCACUGGGAACACGCUAAGGGAAGUUUCCAUCCCUUCUCCUGGCGUAGGCUCUGUGCCACGGGGCAGGAAGGGGGAGAGAUCGCAGCUCUAAGGGCUACCUAAGCACAUUCCAUGUAGAGAUGAACGUGGCGGAGGGGUCUGAAGAACCCUGAAGCCGGUUUUGCAAAAAAGUGUGGCUCCAUCUCUCCCAAUAUAUUUGCUUUGUUCUUCUUGGCAGAGCAGAUUUCUAAGGACAAUGGGGAGGCUUCGAUGCGGCAGAGCGUUAAGCCCCGGGCUUAACUUUUCAUUCCCUUCGCUACAGGGUGGAACUUUCUACAACACGUAGACAAUUUAAGAGCACAAGUCACUGAUCUCCUCCCCACAGAUCCUAGAGGAGGUUUAAGUUCUAACCCCUCAAGUCAACCAGAACUGGUAGCCUUUCCUUAGUCAUUUUGAGCUCCUUUGAAAAUCCCACCCCUGGAUUUGCAGGGUGGGGGCAUCGUGUACCAACCCCCCUCCACCUAGGGAGCAAAACUUCAUGCCACAGCCGCCUUCCACUUAGCUUCAGAUGCCAUGCACUUGAAAUAACGUGACAGGGUGGGAAAGGAAGGAGGGUAUGGCCCCUCCCACCCAGGAAACCAGCAUUUCUGUCUUUCCACUGUGGGGAUGGUCACCAAGGAGGCUGAUUUAAAAGGGCAGGCAGAGCUAAGGCUAUGUCUAGACUGCAGGCCUCUUUCAGAAGAAGCUUUCCCAGAAGAGAUCUUCCAAAAAAACAUCUUCCGAAAGAGAGCGUCCACACUGCAAAAGUGCAUCGAAAAAGCAAUCUGC